GUUUUGAUGGAACUACUUCGAAUGGAAGUGAAGAGCAUGGCAAUGAUUAUUUUCGAGCAAUUUUGGACAAUGCUUGUCAGUCCAUAAUUAUGCUCGAAACUGCAAUAAUCAGAAUUGAUUAUGAAAAUGAUUGUUGUGAGCCAUUGUAUGGCGAAUUAUUUAGCAAAGAUGCUGAAAUAAUAAUUAAUAUACCACAACAAUCUAAAGAGUGGCAUGAACAGAGGAAAUAUAGAGUUACAGGUUCACGAAUAUAUGAGCUUUUUACCUACUCCAAAAACGAAUGGGAGAAUAAAUCGAAGAAAUAUUUUUAUAGAGGAAGCCUCCACAACAAAUACACAAAGCAUGGGGUGAAGUUUGAGAGUGAACCUAAGGAGGCUUUCAUUGCUCAAACCUCCUUUCAUGUUGUGGAUUGUGGGAUGGUGGUUUCCAAUUCAAAUCCGUGGUUGGGUUAUUCCCCAGAUGGGGUCAUUUUUUAAAGUGAAAGACCUGUUGCCCUACUGGAGGUGAAAUGUUUGUACGAAGGUGAUGUCCUUAAAUAUUUUUAUAAAAUGGAGUGAUGUUCAAUAUUUUUUUUAUAUUUCCCUUUGCAAAUAUACUAGAGCAUAAUUUAGUAUUUUGAAAAUAAUGAAGGGAAGGUAUUUUAGAAAUUCCUGUUGAAUGCAAUGUGUUUCUCCAGUUUAAGAACUUAAUAUUUCAGGAGCUACCAAGACCAUAACUGAAGUGCUGGAAAAAUGUAGAUUUAUA